GUAUAAAACGAACAAAAAGAACGACGGCGUUAUGCUGUCUCCUCCGUUCACCACCGCAACACCGUCACUCUUGUAUCCAAGGACCCGUUGGGUACCGACUCUCCUUAGUUCGAAUGUACCAACUAUUUCACCUCUGAUCUUUCAGCGGAUGAUCUGAAAUUGGCGUCCUCAGGUUCUGUUUACGCUUCCGCAGUGCUCACAUUGAGUCCGUGUACAUUACGAGAUUAGGUCAUUGUGCUUCUGUAAUAGCAGUGGAAGAUCACAAUGAAGAUAAAGUCACCAGUCUUCGUGCUCUUCGUAUUGAGCUCUACGUUGGUUCUCAGAUCGGCUGCUAUUCCACUAAAUGAUCUCCUCGGAAUUGCUCCUGAAGAUGAGAAAUAUUACGCGGGAUUAUGGUCUUCAGGAACGAUUAAAUGCAAAGAUGGAUCUAAAACAUUCACAAAGUCACAGCUUAAUGACGACUUUUGUGAUUGCUUUGACGGCACCGAUGAGCCAGGAACAUCAGCAUGUCCUGCUGGGAAAUUCUAUUGCAGAAAUGCUGGACAUAGACCCCUAACUGUAUUUUCUUCUAGAGUAAAUGAUCGUAUCUGUGAUUGCUGUGAUGGAAGUGAUGAGUAUGAUGGUAAAACCAGGUGCAAAAACACCUGUUGGGAAGCUGGAAAAGUUGCAAGAGAUAGAUUAAUGGAAAAGAUUAAAAUAUAUGUGGAGGGUGUUUCCAUUAGAGACAAUGAAGUUGAACAAGCAAAACUAUCAUUCGAACAAGACAAGGAAAACUUGUUGAAGCUCAAGCAUGAGGAGAAAACUCUCAAGGGAAUUGUCCAAAAUCUUAAGGACCACAAGGACCGAAUAGAGAAGGCAGUGAAGAAAGAACGAAUCCAGAAAGAAAAAGAAGAGCAACAGAAGAAGGAAUCUGAAUUGAAGGAACACAAAGGUGAAGAAAAAGUUGAUGUUGCAGAAAAAGAAUCCACAAAAAGUAAGAAAGAUGAUAAAGAUGGGAUUCUUAAUAACUCUCCUUCUGGCCAGAAUCUCAACAAAGACCCUGCUGCUGAUGUGGCACAAAAUGCUCAUACAUCUCAUGACAAUGUACAACAGCAUGCUGCAAAAGAAGAGGAAUCUUCUGAUGUUACACAUGCAACCGAAGACAUUGAUUCGUUAUCAAAGGAAGAUUUGGGUCGUGAAAUCGGUUCACGUUGGACUGGAAAAAAAACUGAGCACCAAAAUCAUGAUGAUGAGACACCUGUUAAUGUCCACAAUGAAGAAAAUAAUGGAGACAAUACAGAAACAGAUGAUGAUGAUGAUGAUGAACAUUAUGAGGAAGAUUUAGAUGACCAUAGGGAUGUUCAAGAAGACACUCAUGAUGAUUCCAGUUCUUCACAUGACUAUGAUCCAGAUGAGUAUGAGGACAUUUCAGAUAUUGAAAGCGCAAGUAGCCCAUCAUUGAUUGAGAAGAUUCAACAAACUGUCCGGAAUUUUCUACUGGCUGUAAAUCCAUUCCAGACUCCAGUAAAUACAUCAGAAGCUGAAAGUGUACAAAAAGAGUAUGAUGAAGCGAGUGAGAAGUUAUCCAAAGUAAAAACAAAGAUAUCUCGCAUCACAAAGAAGCUAGCAAAUGACUUUGGACCAGAGAAGGAAUUCUAUUUGUUACAUGGUCGAUGUUUCGAGACUAAACAGAACAAAUAUGUUUAUAAAGUUUGCCCUUUUAAACAAGCUACCCAGGAGGAAGGAUACAGUACAACCAACUUAGGGAGGUGGGACAAAUUUGUGGAUUCAUACAGUGUGAUGCUCUUUUCCAAUGGUGACAAUUGCUGGAAUGGUCCUGAUAGAAGCUUAAAGGUCAGAUUAAGAUGCGGAUCGAAAGUAGAGCUUUCUGACAUAGACGAACCUAGCCGUUGCGAAUAUGAGGCAAUGUUAACCACCCCAGCUCUUUGCCUAGAAGAAAAACUAAAGGAACUAGAAGAUGAGCUUGAAUUCAUGGACAAGGACAAACUACAAUUUCAUGAUGAGCUUUGAAUCUUUUCGCCUACUUCUUCUACAGGGUAAGUGUUCCUUGAUAAUCAAAAUGACGAAUUAGUCUCACUUUUCAUCAAUUUUUGUAUUGAAAUGUGCUAAAAUAGGAUCAACACUAGACUUUCAUGAAAUAUAUUAUGGAGGUAUAUAUUAUUCAAGAACUUUAAUUUUGCGUCA